AUGUCAUCCAACCGUCUCGAUUCCAUUCCCCUACCUACGCUCGACAGACCCUUCAUUGUGGAACUAUGGCCUCAAUUCGACAAGCUCUAUUCCCACGUCGUGGGACACUCCGCAAACAAAUUUGUCUUCGUACCAGGUGCAACGUCUCUGUCGACCUUCACAGCGACGGUAACAAUGCUCAUAACGUAUUACGUGACGGUCUUUGCAGGGAGAGAGUUCAUGAAAAAUCGGGAACCAUUCAAGCUCAAUGGCCUAUUCAUGGUGCACAAUCUAGCUUUGACCAUUAUCAGUGGAGUUCUUCUGGCACUCUUCACUGAGCAGUUGCUACCAACAAUUGCGAGAAAUGGAGUCUUCUACGCCAUAUGCGACCACAGGGGAGGAUGGACAGCCCCUCUGGUGACUCUAUAUUACCUGAACUAUCUUACAAAAUACGUGGAGCUGUUGGACACUGUCUUCAUGGUUCUCAAGAAAAAGCCCCUCACCUUUCUCCAUACCUAUCAUCACGGGGCUACUGCUUUGCUCUGCUAUACUCAACUCGUUGGGCUGACCGCCGUCUCCUGGGUCCCCAUCACCCUCAAUCUCACCGUCCACGUAGUCAUGUACUGGUACUACUUUCAAGCCGCGCGCGGCGUGCGCAUCUCGUGGAAGAAAUGGAUCACCAGGCUCCAAAUAGCUCAAUUCGUCAUCGAUCUUGGCUUCGUCUAUUUUGCGUCCUACACUUACUUCUCCUCAACCUACUUCCCUAACCUACCUACGGCCGGCAAAUGCGCUGGUGAAGAGUUUGCUGCUUUUGCAGGCAUGGGCAUCAUCUCCUCCUACCUCCUACUCUUCAUCUCCUUCUACUUCGCUACAUACAAGAAAGACAAUGCAAAGGGUGGAAGGGGGCGGAAGAAGAGCAGAAGACUUAGCCAGACGGCAACAAGAGCGGCCAUCGACAUGAGCAGGAUGGAAGUGCCUGACGUGCAACGCAUGGAAGAUGCCGUGCAUUUGGGAGGUCAUUCCAAUGGAUCAGCAAAAGGGAAAGAAAAUGGUGGAAUCACGCCCAGGGUGACACGGUCGAGAAAGGGGUAA